GGAGGGCGGCUGUGGGAGGGAUUAUCUGGGAAGCAGGAGGAGGAAGAGGAGGAAGGAGAGGAGAAGGACCGAAGGGCAGGCAAAACAGGCAGGCAGGCGGGCCUAGGAGCCAAGCCACUUGCGGGCUCGGCUCUCCUUUCCCAGACCGGUGCUGCUUCCCCUCCCGGAGCCGAGGGAGGUCGGGGAGCUUACCUACGCGAGGCCGGGGCUUCGCCGCUCCCGCUAGGCCUCUCCUUGGAUUUCCCUCACUGGGGAAGGGGAAAAGGAGGAGGAGGAAGGUGAAGAAGGAGGACCUUCUUCUUCCUCGGACCCCGAAGCCAAGCUGGAGCAAGAGGAGGAGGAGGAGAAGAAGAAGGGGAAGGACCCACCGCUUUGGAGGACAUCUUGGGGCUUUGGAAGAAGAAGAAGAGGAGGAGGAGGGGGUGUCACUGUCCUCUGCUCAGCCCUUCAUUGAUUCCCCUUAGUCCUCUAUCCUGUACCUGCCUUGGCAGGAAAAGAAGUUUGCAAUUACCUUAUUAAUAUUAAUAUUAUUACUAUGAUGAUGAUGAUGAUGAUGUGUAUUUUGCUUUUCUUUCCUUGGGAGUGAUUUGUUGCAUGGCUUUUUAUUUAUUAGCCCAAAGGAAGGACAAGGGAGGCUGCUUGAGAGUGAAAUUGGGCAUCUUUUUGGCAACCUAAAAAGACACACAAACACAGAGAGAGAGACCCAGGAAUACAGAUCUUUUUCAUUGUCCUCCCUUCCCUCUUCCAACAGGAAGGACAGCUGGGAAAACUGGAUUAUAAGGAUGUUUUGAUCCCUAUGACUUUAAUGUUUUGGAUGGGAACCCGUCUUUAUUCCACCAGGUAGUAUUUAUAAUCUUGGACAAAGUUUGCAGAGUUGUUUGUAUUUUUAUUUUUGGGGCAACCACUUCCCCAAGGCCCAGAAUUUAUAACCUUGGACAAGGUUUGCAAAGUUAUUUGUAUUUUUUUAAUUUUUGGGGGCAACCACUUUCCCAAGACAUGGAUAUAAGGAUGGACUCGAAGGCUCCGCCGUCUUGACUGCAAGAGACUAGUUUUCCUCCUUUGUGGUUAGGAUUGGUAAUAAAAAUCCGCAUCUGCGCAAAGGAAAAAGGCGUGCAAGCAGCCAAAGGAUCCACCGCUGGCCAACCCCGGCCUUCUGGAUUUGACUACAAACCAUGAACAUGCGGCCACCUCAGACUGCAUUGGACAGACAAGCCAGUAAAAGGCACACUCACCUGCCCAGGUUGAGCAGCCUGUCUUCUCUGGGCGACUCGGCUCCGGAGCGGCGGUCACCGGGGCACCACCGCCAACCCUCUGACGCUAGCGAAACAACAGGUUUGGUCCAGCGCUGUGUCAUCAUCCAGAAGGACCAGCAUGGCUUUGGCUUCACUGUCAGUGGGGACCGGAUCGUCCUGGUGCAGUCGGUUCGCCCUGGAGGAGCCGCCAUGAGGGCUGGGGUGCAAGAAGGCGAUCGGAUUGUCAAGGUGAACGGGACAAUGGUGACCAACAGUUCUCACCUGGAAGUGGUGAAGCUCAUCAAAUCUGGUGCUUACGUUGCCCUCACUCUCUUGGGCUCCCCGCCUGCCUCUGCAGGGCUCUCGGGCUCCCAGCAGGAUGGGCACCAGACGGGGGCCCCUCAGGUCAUGCCGGCGUGCCCUCCGCCACCCCCUCCACCGCCGCUGCCUCCGCCACACCACAUCACCGAGCCCAAGCCCUUGCAGGACCCCAAAUUUCAGAAGCAUGCCACGCAGAUCCUCCGGAAUAUGCUGAGACAGGAGGAGGCCGAGCUACAGCGGUGCUACGAGGUCUACAGCCGUAACCCAGCUUCUUUGAUAGAGGAACAGAUUGAAGGGGCCCGUCGGAGGGUCAGCCAACUCCAGCUGAAAAUCCGGCAGGAGGGAGGAGGGCUCCCGGACUUCACCCGGCCAACAAGCGAUUCCAGUUCCAUCAAUUCCCGCUUGACCGAUGGGCGUCUCUCUUUGGAUUCCCAAGAUGGAGACAGUGGCCUGGAUUCAGGCACAGAGCGCUUCCCUUCUGUGAGUGAGAUCUCCCUGAACCGGAACUCGGUCCUCUCCGACCCCGGCCUGGACAGCCCCCAUACCUCCCCUGUCAUUGCCUCCAGGAUGUUCCAGCACCAUCAGCACCAGGGCUCAGACACGUCUUUCUCCCCCUCCUUGGCGGAACAGGGCUUUGACCAGUCUGGGAGGCCCCUCAUUAUCGCUCCUGAAGAGGAUUAUGAUCCGGGAUACUUUAACAACGAGUGUGACUCCCUCUUCCAGGAUCUGGGGAAGCUGAAGACGCGCCCAGCUCACCUGGGAGUGUUCCUGCGAUACAUCUUCUCUCAGGCAGACCCAAGUCCUUUGCUCUUGUACUUGUGUGCCGAUGUUUACCAGCAGAUGAACCCCAAGGAGGGCCGUGGUCUUGGGAAGGAGAUCUGGAGCAUCUUCCUGGAGAAAACUGCGCCUCUGAGGGUCAGAGUAUCUGAUCAGUUAUUGGCUGAAAUAGAGACUCGCCUACGGAACGGGGAGGAUCUCAGGAAUGCUUUCUUAGAGCUGCAAGAGGCUGUCAUGCCAGAGAUCCAGGAGCAGAUCCAGGAUUACAGGACAAAGCGCACCAUGGGGCUGGGAAGCCUGUACGGGGAGAAUGACUUGCUGGACCUGGAUGGAGACCCCCAGAAGGAACGGCAGGUGGCCGAGAAGCAGAUUGCUCAGCUUGGGGACAUCCUAUCCAAAUAUGAAGAGGACAGGAGUUCUCCCAUGAGCUUUGCCCUGAACGCCUACAUGGGGAAUGCUGGAAUCCGUUUGCGGGAGUCACGCCUGGUCAGCGUUGUGGAGAAGUCCCAGGAGAAAGACAAGUGGCUGCCCUUCUUCCCCAAGACCAAGAAGAGCAGCAGCACAAAGAAAGACAAAGAGACCUUGGCCGAGGACAAGAAGCGCAACCCCAUCCUGAAAUACAUCGGAAAGCCCAAAAGCUCCUCCCAGAGCACAUUUCAUAUCCCUUUGUCCCCUGUCGAAGUUAAGCCUGGCAACGUGAGGAACAUCAUUCAGCACUUUGAGAACAACCAACAUUAUGAUCCCCAGCAGCUUGACCUGCAGCGCCUCUCCACAGGGAGCUUCCCAGAAGACCUCCUGGAUAUGGAAAGUUCCAGGUCUGAGGUCAAGCUUGGUCGGUCGGAGAGCUUGAAAGGCCGAGAAGAGCUGAAGCGACUCCGGAAGGCAGACAACGUGCCUCGCUCCCGGAGCGAUGUGGACAUGGAUGCGGCGGCAGAAGCCACCCGUCUCCACCAGUCGGCCUCCUCAUCCGCCUCCAGCCUCUCUGCCAGGUCCCUGGAAAACCCCACCCCUCCUUACACUCCCAAAAUGGGCCGCAGGAGCAUCGAGUCCCCCAGCCUGGGCUUCGGCACGGACGUCUUCCUUCCUCACUUGCUGGAGGACGAACUGGGCCAACUCUCGGACUUGGAGCCGGAGCCGGACUCGCAGAACUGGCAGCACACCUUCGGCCGGGAGGUCGCGGCUUCCCUGCCGCAGCGAGAGGUGGACCGCCAGGAGGUCAUCAACGAACUGUUUGUGACGGAGGCUUCCCACCUACGGAUCCUGCGUGUCAUGGAUGUUGUCUUCUAUCAGCGCAUGAAGAAGGAGAACCUUCUCUCCCGGGAAGAGCUGGGCCUGAUUUUUCCAAAUUUACCAGAGGUCAUCGAGAUCCACAAUUCUCUGUCAGAAGCCAUGAAGAAGCUCCGAGAGGACGGUCCAGUCGUGAAAGAAAUUGGGGACCUAAUGCUCUCUCGGUUUGAUGGAGUUGCCCGUGAGGAGAUCCAACAAGUGGCCGCGGACUUCUGCGCUUACCAGUCUGUGGCCCUUGAGCUGAUCAAGACCAAGAAGCGGAAGGAGACGCGAUUCCAGCUCUUCAUGCAGGAAGCAGAGAGCAAUCCCCAGUGCCGGCGCCUUCAGCUAAAAGACCUUAUCAUCUCAGAGAUGCAGCGCCUGACCAAGUAUCCAUUGCUGCUGGAGAACAUCAUCAAGUACACUCAUGAAGAGACGUCGGAGCACCAGAAACUGUGCCGGGCCAGGAACCACUGCCGGGAGAUCCUCCGGUACGUGAAUGAGGCAGUGAAGCGGGCAGAGAACCAACACCGUCUGGAGGCCUACCAGAAGCGCCUAGAUGCCACCUCUCUGGAGAGGACUAGCAACCCCUUGGCAGCCGAGUUCAAGAAUCUUGACCUCCGAAGCCGGCGCAUGAUCCACGAGGGACUCCUGAGUUGGCGCAUCAGCAAAGACAAGACUGUGGAUGUCCACGUGCUGCUCCUGGAAGACCUCCUGGUCCUCCUCCAGCGACAGGAUGAGAAGCUGGUCCUGAAGUGCCACAGCAAGAUGACGCUGGGCUCCUCGGACAUCAAGCAGACUUUCAGCCCUGUACUCAAGCUCAACUCGGUCCUCAUCCGCUCUGUGGCCACAGAUAAGCGAGCGCUCUUCAUCAUCUGCACAUCUGAACUGGGACCUCAGAUCUAUGAGCUGGCUGCCUCGACGUCAUCAGAGAAGAACACGUGGAUGGGACAUUUGGAUGAGGCGGUGAAGAACGCCACUCGGAACGCCACUCUGCCCCCCAAGCGCCACUCCCAGGAGGUGCCUCUGCCCCCGGCAGCCCCAUCUAGCCUGGUGCUCCAGGAUGCGGACAUGACCCAGGACAGCUGCGCCUCAAGCCAAGAUGCAGAGGAGGAGCAGGAGGAAGUUGAGGAGCAGGAAGAGGAGGAGCAGGUGGAGGAAGAAGAAGAAGAAGCAGGAGGUUCAGAUGAGACCCCGACGGACACCCUUCUUGAAGAAACGCUUCCUGUCCCAAUGGAGGUGAGACGCAAUGAGGAGGAGGAGGAGGAGGAAGAGGAAGGCCAGCCGCCGACUGCUUCGCCGCAGAUGCCCAGGGCAGUGGAACGGCUUCCGUUGGAGGAUGGGAUGGAGCCGAGCAGGUCCUCACAACCCUCUCCCCAAAGACAGCCUGCCUUUUCGGAGAGUCUGGCCGAAUCGGCCAUGGAGGAUGUGGAAACCCUUCGCCACCUGCUCCUGCGAAGCUUCCUCCCCUGCCGAGACCCCGAUGAGGACGUGACCCCCACGCCAUCUGUGGCUGGCGCCCAUCCUCACUGGGAUUCAGUGCUGGCCAGCCAGGACUCAGGGAGUCAGGAAGAGCCAACGGAGCCCGCAGAGAGCAGCAGUCCCUCAGAGUUUGUGGAAUCGGGAGGCCUCCGGACUGGGCUUGAGGCAGGAGGCCCCCAGAGAGCGGGCAUGGAGGGGGAGGGGGAGGUUGGCAAGGGCCUGGAAAAGGAGGAUUGUGUGGGCCAGAGCGAGGUGGAAACAUCCCUCACGCCAGCACCCGCUGCGGAGGCCGAGGGGCACGGUGGCUACCAAGUGGUGCGGAAAGCCGAGGUGGUGGAGGGGACAGGCGGUGCUUGGCCCUUGCCAGAGGGCAGCCGGUCAGGAACUGAUGCUGGAGAGGCGGAUAAUGUGGAUGGAAACUGCUUCUACUUGAGUCUGCCAGCUGGUUUGGGAGAGUCCCACACAGAUGCUGGGAGCACCAGUCCGGCAGCGGCACCCGAUGCCUCCUGCCAAGUCAAAAGCUUGUCUCCUGCCGGGCCCUCGCCUGCGUCUCAGGGCCCUUCCAAGGAGAGCUUGGCCUCCUGGCUUGGUGCCCCAGAAGGCCCGCCACUCCCUUCGGACCUUUCUCCCUCCAGCCAAGCCAUUCAGGAUGUGGACGCAAUCUUCCGGACGAUAGAGCAGCUGACUUUGAAGCUGACCAGGCUGAAGGAGGUGGAAAUGGCCCACCAGCAGUUGCUGCAAUCACUGAGCACUGCCACGGAUGCAACACCAAUGGGAAAUGCACUGCAUGAACCUAGCUGGAUGUCACCUGAUGGCCACCCUGAGUCUGGAGAGAGCGUCCUUCCAUCCUCCCUGCCCUCCUCAGUGGUUGUUGAGCCUGGCCAAGUCCUCCUUUUGGAAGAGAGCCCCCAAGAAGUGACUCUUUAGGGAGGGAGAGGGGAAAAGAAGACCCCUCCCCUCCUCUUCAAGGCCCCCCUGGGGUCUCCUGCAGCCAACUGGUUCAAUCUGAGGAAGGAGGCCCAAACUGCAAUGUGGAAACUGAGGCAGAGGAAGAGACAAAAACUGGAACGUUCCUCCCUCUCUUAUCCACUUCUGUUUUCUUUCUCAGAAAGCACACCUUGGAUUAAUUUGAACUGUUUCUGACCCGAUACCUGGAGUUUUUCCCGUUCGGGGCUUUUUCCCAGAGGCACCUCAGAGCCUGCCUUGAGGACUCUGGUUUAUGCUUUAAGUGGAGAGAGAGCCCCCUCUGAAACCGCAUGUCUCUUCCACUUUGGGGUCGAGGCUCUCCCUCGGGCUGGGUUGGAAACGUUCCGAUCCAUGGGACACAGCCUUGCGGAGGUGCUUUCCCACCAAACGUGGCGGAACGCGGGAACGCCCCCGUAUUAUGAAUUGCACUUUCCGUUCGUUUUUUUUUUAAGGCCACUCAGAGGGCCCUCGGGUGCUUCCUGACCUCCUCCUUGAUUAUAAAUAUGUAUGUAUGUGUAUUGAAUGGUUGUAAAUACGAUAGACAGUUGCAGUUGUUAUUGUUGUUGUUUUAAUUUGCCUUCAUACCCCAAUGGAUGACAAGAAAACCCCCCAAAGGCCAUGACCACUGUAGCCACAGCCUGGUUGGGGUGGCCUGGGUGAAGUGGGGCCAAAGUAGGAGGCUGGCUGUGAUCCAGUAGCAACAAUUGGCCGGCCCCUUUCCCCAAUCUCUCAGGUUUUCCUUGGCAUCUUCCGCUCCAACCUUUAGGGUGGAGAUAAUUACCUCAAUAGAGACUCUUGUGGGUCGUGGUGGCACCCAGCAAGCUCUUGAGUCGGCCUUCCCAACAGAUUGAUCACACGGGCAUCUGCUGGGAAGAUUGUCAAGACAGUCUGCCCUUCCAUCAGCUCCAGUCGAUCCAAGACGUCUACUGCAGCCUCUCCUGGAGGAAGACCUGCAGUGCCUGAGGGAGCCCUGAGACCCCGGCCCUGAUCCCGUUGUGGGUCGAGAGGGGUUAUGGGCCCGGCAAACGUGAACCCAGCAGUCACCCCACGUGCUGCACCAGGUGUAUGAAUUAUAUCAGAGUAUAUAUAGAUAUAUAUAUAGAUAUAUAUAUUAAAAAAACAAUGCCAGACUCUGCUGUUCAAUUCGCUCAAAGCCAAUUUUAUUUUCUUCCUGUCGAUGGUAAAGAUUUUUUUUAAAGAAAAAUGGAAAAGUAAAAUAUUCUUCAUUCUC